GUUCUCACUGCACGCCUUUGCCUCGUUAUAGACUUUUUUGUUAUGCUUUCCAUUAAGGUUACAUGAAAGUGAAUGGACUAGUGAAGGAAACACAGAAACGCGUUUGUCUCGUGUCAAUCAGCCAUGAGCUCCAGUCUAGUCAACUCUUUAGCCAAAGUUUACGACCCAAAGCCUCUUCACGGUCAGAAACUCGCUGGAAGAAAACCGUCUCUCAAUGGACUGGACAAGUAUCAAGCGUCUUCUUCCUCAUCAUCAUCACCUACUUCCUCUUCGCAGGAUGUUGCCCUGCACUGUGUGGAGAGUCGGAUGGACUCCCUGAGCAGUCAGAUGGAGCGCUUGCUCAACAUGCAGCAAACUGUCUUGACCCGGCUGGAUGGUCUGUCCCAGGACCUCAGGGACAUGGGUCAGGAUCUGGCCUCUAUGCGUGAAGGGGUCAGCGGGGAAAGACGCUGGUCAGGGGUGGAAGUGGCGUGCAAGGGGCUGCACAGGGCAGUGGAGAGGACCAGUGAGCGGCUGGAGAGUCAGGGCCGCCGGCUGGAAGGGGUUGAGAAGCUGGUGGAGGGCACUCAGCAUGUGAUCACUUUUAUUGGAGAGGCGGUGAAAAGCUCCAGGCUGCUGGAGCUGCUCUUCAAACAGCCUGGAAACAAGUCCUGCAAGAAGGCAAAGGAUGACAAGGAUAAAGCCAAAGUGAAUCUGAAGGCUUCGAAGACUCAGAAGAAGAGGAAGCCCGUGGACACGUCAGAUCCAUGUGCAGCGAGUGAGCCUGUGCUGCACGAGCAGGUGGAAAAGUUCAACAGGCAGAACUGUGAGCAUUCCCAUGAAAACACAGAGGCUGAAUCCCACGAGGCCGACGACACAGGCAGCGCAGACAGGCGGCACCAUCAGCCGCCACGCCGCAUCGUGGAUGGAGCACACACCUCAGCCUCCCAGUCAGGGGAGAGAGAGGAAGAGAAGGAGGAGGGCAUCUUUGAGGACUCACAGCCUGAGGAGGAGGAGGAGGAGAAGGGAGAAGAUGGAAUAGCAGAAGCAGCUGGAAAAGAGGAAGAUCAUGGAACGAGAAGGCACGAAGCAGAGUCAGAGGAAAAGGCCCCACCUCUUCUGGAAAGUCCUGAGGAGGUCAGUGAUGUGGCCACCUGCAGCAAACGCCGCGUCACAGAAGAAGACGUGGCCAAGGACGACUUGAAGAAAAGCAAAGUGGAAAGUGCAGGUGGUGAGGCGGAGGCGGUGCCGGAGGCGGAGGCGGUGCCGGAGGUGGACAGCGAGCUACAUGUCCUCACGUCUGACAAAUCACAGACAGAAGCAGAAGAAUACAGGACAGACGGAAAGACGGUGGUGACAGAAUUCCUUAUAGACUCCAGCCCUCCACCUUUAGCCCCCUUCGACCACCGCAUCGUGACCCCCAAGCCUCAUCAGAUCGCCACCUACUACACCAUCAACAGAGAUGAAGUCCUCGGAGGAGGGCGUUUUGGGCAAGUCCACAAGUGCACAGAGAACUCCUCUGGUCUGAAACUGGCUGCCAAGAUCAUCAAAGCCAGGAGCCAGAAAGAGAAGGAGGUGGUGAGGAACGAGAUCCAGGUGAUGAACCAGCUGAAUCAUGCCAACCUCAUCCAGCUGUACGCCGCCUUCGAGUCUCGUCAUGAUGUCAUCCUAGUCAUGGAAUACGUGGAGGGAGGGGAGCUGUUUGACCGCAUCAUUGAUGAAAACUACAACCUGACAGAGCUGGACACAGUGCUGUUUAUACGCCAGAUCUGUGAGGGGCUGCAGUACAUGCAUCACAUGUACAUCCUACACCUCGACCUUAAGCCAGAGAACAUUCUCUGUGUCAGCAGAGUGACUAACAAGAUCAAAAUCAUUGACUUUGGCUUGGCCAGGAGGUAUAAACCCAGGGAGAAGCUGAAGGUCAACUUUGGAACGCCAGAGUUUUUAGCCCCUGAAGUAAUCAACUAUGAGUUUGUUUCAUUCCCAACAGACAUGUGGAGUCUUGGUGUCAUAACUUACAUGCUGCUCAGUGGUUUGUCUCCAUUUCUGGGGGACGAUGACAACGAGACACUCAACAACAUCCUGGCCUGUCAGUGGAACUUUGAGGAGGAGGAGUUCACGGACAUCUCUGACGAGGCCAAAGAUUUCAUCUCCCGUCUGUUGGUGAAAAGCAAAAGCUGGAGGAUGAGCGCUGCAGAGUCCCUCAGACACUCCUGGCUCUCGGAUCACAGUCUGCACUAUCGACUAAACCAGAAGAAAAACAAGUGCCACUCCACACAUGCUCCUUCUCCAGAGAGCUAAAGUGUUUCAUUGUGAUGCCCUCAGCAUGCCUUCUGACAAUGUAGGAGCCCAACACUGGACCAAUGCUGCUGUAGCUGUAUGAUGAGUGGAUAACUGCUCUCUGCCUCGCAGCCUCACGUCUGCACAGCCCUGCAGCUUGUAGCUCCGACCUGAAAACUUUGAAGCACAAAACCCAUUUUGCAGACCAUAAACAGUCCUGUGUCAUGGUUACUGUCACGCACAAAACAUCACACUAAACCAAAGAAGACUGGAGCCCAAAUAAGUCUUGGUACAAGGUAAAAGAGGGACUCACACGGCAGUGAUGAAUCUGAAUUGUGAAGGUUCAGAUCAUCAAGAGGAAAAUGAUUCAUCAUAAUCAUUGUGUCAUGUUGUCCUGGUUUGUUUGCAUGCUUUGCACCUUUUGGCCAUUGUUUCAUGUUUGAACAAGCUCCAGACUGAACUGUAUUAUUGAAGUCAUGUAUUUGUGGUUCAAGACUUUUUUUUUUUCUUUUUUGAAUUUACAAGUCUUAUUGAAAAUUGUAUUCAUCCUCAAACAGAAGCUAAAUGUGCAUCCGCCCCCGUUAAUUUAUUUUGUACAUACUCUAGUGCUGCUUCAUAGGGUUUCCUUCUGCCUUCACGUUCACGCCAUCAGCUCACCUUUGCUUCCGCAGUUUGGAGUAGCUCUGUCACCUUCCAUGAAGGCAUAAUGAACAACAGAAUACUACCUAUGAAUGAUACAUGUUUAUGACUGAAGUGUUUAUUUACUGGUUCAACACCAGACUGUACUUGAAGUGCAAAGCUUUGAGGAGUGUUUUUUAAAGGGGAGACAAACUGACGUGUAAAGCCACAGUUCAGCUUGACCGAGAGCCAGCAGCACUUUAUUGUCCCAGUCCUCCUGAGAUGUGGAUUGUUGGAUGGAUGAUCGUCGCUCACUUGCUGGCUCAUUUCUUGGGAAGUGCAAAAGCUUUGUGAUUUUGAACACUUGUUUCAUUGAAUUUAUGGUACUUUUUUCAAGUUUUCUUGUGUACUGAAAAAUAAAUAAAUAAAAAGAUUAAAAAUAACAAUAAUAAUAAUAA